UCGAGGUCCGAACCUUGCCAUGUGUAUUUAGGACAAAAUAGCAGGAACGAAAAGUGCAAAUGGCUUCAAAAUUAAUUCGUAAAGUAAUAAGUACUCCAAAUGCUCCUAAAGCAGCUGGACCUUACAGCCAAGCGAUAGUCGCCAACGGUACGGUCUACGUGGCCGGUCAACUCGGCCUCAAUCCUAAGGAUUCAAAUUUUGUUGGUGAGGAUAUUGUAUCCCAAACCAGACAGUGCUUGAAGAACAUCAAGAGCAUCUUGGAAGCUGCAGAUUCCUCUCUUGAUAAUGUGGUGAAAGUCAGUGUUUUUCUGGCCGACAUUAAUGAUUAUGCCAAGAUGAAUGAAGUCUAUUGUGAAUACUUUACAAGUGCAAAGCCAGCAAGAGUGGCCUUUCAAGUCGCUCAUUUACCAAAGAGUGCUCGAGUCGAGAUUGAUGCAAUAGGAAUGGUUGGCGAUGUUGUCACGGAAAAUGUGCCAGCAAACUUGUGAUGAUGACAAAGUUUGAAAAUGAUAAUAUUCUAGAAAUUUUGGUAGAAAAAUCUCUUGAAAGGUAAUGAAAUGUUAGAGUUGCUAUCCUAGAGCUUUGAAAAAGUCUCACACGAAAUCAACAUAUGACUUUUUACGUUUUUCAUUCAAAACAUACACGAAUAUAAUUUCAAUGGAAUUUUUUGUUUGAUAAAAAUAAAAAUAGUCAUUAUACUGUACAUCACGCCUAAAUUCCAUCGACAUAUGGUUGUAUUAAACUUAAUUUAAGAAUAA